AUGAUCUUGCUCGGCGUCGAUGACCUCCAAGCCCUUUUGCUCGCUCAGCGAGUCAAUCGAAUGUUUCAGGCUACGAUCGCAACCUCGAAGCAUCUGCAAGAGAAGUUAUGGUUCGAGGCCAAGGAUGACGAAGGCACCAAGCCAAAUGAGCUUGGACAUGCUCGUCGCCAAAUCCAUGUCAUUGACGACUACUAUGGGCAUCACCCCAAUGCACCUCCGCUUCCUCCAGCGCCACCAAAUACAACCUUCAGCUCUCUUUUCAAGAAGCCAAUUGACGUUUCGAAAGGCCGAUUUCUCCAAUUCGUGGAUCGCGGCAAGGGCCAUUGCCGAGAUCACACGAUCGUUCUUCACCGCAACGCGUUUUCUUGCGAUGAAAUGAGUCGGACCUGGCGCUCCAUGCUAUUCAAGGGCUUUGGCAAUCACGACGGUUUGAUACGCCUUACACUACUUCCGGAAGAUGAAGAUCACACUGCUCGAAUCAGCCAUGCAGAGGGCACAUUGCAGCGCCUUAUCGACGAUUUGCGCUUGGCCGUGGCAAAAAUGCAACACUUUCUUCUCCUCAUGCGACAAUCGUGCAAAGCUCACUUGAGCAAGUACAAGUUUCCGAUGCCCGCUCCCUCUCUUAUUUCCUUCUUACACCAACGAAAACACCACUUAAAAUCACGACACUUCACGGCGAUGGCACUGGCUCAGGACGAGAACGAGUCACCCCGCGUUGCGGCUGCGAAGGUGUUCGGCAUUGCUGAGCUGGCUGAGAUGAUUCUGCUCGGUGUGGAUGAUGCUCCUACUCUAGCCCACGCCAGACGAGUCAACAAGAUGUUCAAGGAGAUUUUCGAUAGAAACCUGAAGUCUCCAUACCUUCAAGAAAAACUCUGGUUCAAGCGUGAGGAGAACACGUCGACGUUUAAUGAGGUGGACUCGAACAGUGAGAAUGAAAGUUCCGAAGGAGAGGAUUUGGAAGAGCAUGGAUCAUUGCUUGGUCCCGAAGACAUCGAACUUAAUCCAUGGGUUGCUCGAGGCUGCAUAGCUGGAUUGAGUCUGCAGUACAUGAAAGACUCAGCGGAGAUGGAUAUUUGUUGCCUCGAAGAUACUCCGGUCGUAGUCAUGACGGUUCACAAGAGACUUGGCCAGACUUGGAACGAAUACAAGUGGUGGGACAAAAUGGAAGUCUGCCGAGCUAGGAGCAAGGCACGGAAAGGUCAGACUUUUGCUUACAUUACCAAGUUUCGCGGAGAGUCGCACAUUGUUGGCGACGUGGAAUUAUGGUGGGCGCAGGACCGCAAUUUGAAGGAGAUGGUCUCCGAAGCCGUUUGGGGCCUGCAGGAUGCUGCAGUAUAG